AUGGAGAGAGUUAGGUUCUGUAAUUCCGGCACCGAAGCCAGCACCUACGCAUUAGCUACAGCUAUGGAAUUUACCGGCAGAACAAAGAUACUGGUGUUUGAUAAUGGGCACCACGGCGUUACCCCGAAUUUUGGCUCAGGGGACAACAAGUUAAACGUAUCUCACAGCUUCAUUCUUGAGGCCAACCAGAAGCAUAUAUCAUCAGAUCUAGCAGCUAUUAUUGUCGAAACGAUGCUUUUAGCAGGCGGUCAGAUUCCUGCUACUAGGGAGUUUCUCUCCUUUCUGCGCAAAACGGCCGACGUAACUGGUGCCGUUUUGAUAUUCGAUGAGGCUAUGACAUCUCACCUACAUAUCAAUGGACUUCAAGGAUUCCACAAGAUUAUGCCUGAUAUGACAACUCUUGGAAAAUACAUUGGAUGGGGCCUCCCUUCUGGAGCUUUUGGAGCUUUUGGGGGGCGCUCUGACAUCAUGGCUGCCCAUGAGCAGAGAGCCCAGAAACUGGGCCACUGUGGAACAUUUAAUAACAAUGUUCUUACUGUUUCAGCUGCCAUGGCUGCAGCUGAUCUGGUCACGGAGGACGUGAUUCAUCGCGUCAAUAAACUCGGGGACACUAUUCGAAACCGGAUCUCAGAGAUCUGUGCGGAGCAUCACUUUUCUGACCUCAAAAUUACUGGUCUCGGAAGCACCAUAGGACUACAGUUUCUUCGUGUCGAUAGAGAACGGUUGAUGGGGCUUUUAUUCUGUCACAUGGUUCAGCAUGGGAUUUGGAUCGGCCGCAGAGGUUUUCUUUUUCUAAAUAUGUGCCACACGGAGGAUCAUGUUGAGCGUUUUCUGACAGCAUUUCAAAAGUUCAUUGAGGAGUUGAAAUAA